GCUCCGCCUCCCAAAAAAUUUCCCCUAAAACCCUAGUUCCCAUGGCCUCCGACGCCAAGCCCGGCUCCCCCCCGCCGCCCGCGGAUCCCCCCGCCGCCGCCGCCAAGGACGAGGAGAAGGAGGACGCCGGGCCCAAGGAGGAGGAGGGGGAGGGGGAGGGGGAGGGGGAGGAGGAGGAGCCAGAGCCGGAGCCCGGGCGGAAGCGGGGGCGGCGGAAGAGGAAGGGGGAGGCGGAGGCGGGCAAGCCCGCGCCCGCGACCCCCGCCGUCGAGCGGCCCUCCAGGGAGAGGAAGACGGUCGAGCGCUACUCCGAGCUCGCCCCACGCGUCACCCCCGCCAAGAAGUCCCCCGCCAUCCUCCAGGGAUCUGGAUCGAAGCUGAAGGACAUUCCCAAUGUUCAAUUCAAGCUGUCCAAAAGAAAGGUGGAUGAGAAUCUCCAAAGUCUUCAUGUUUUAAUGUAUGGAAGGAAGUCAAAUGUCCAUUUCUUGAAGAGAAACAUAUCCCAAUUUUCUGGUUUUGUUUGGACUGACAAUCAGGAAAAACAAAGGGCCAGGAUAAAGGAAAAGCUUGACAAAUUUAACAAGGAAAAGUUGCUGGAUUUUUGUGAAAUCCUUGAUAUCUAUGUUUCCAGAGCAACCACAAAGAAGGAGGAAGUUUCUGCUAAACUGUUGGAAUUUUUGGAGUCACCUUGCAUCACUAGAGAGGUGGUUCUGACUGAUGAUAAGAAAGGGAAGAAACGUGGAAGGAGGUCUAAAGGAAACGGCCAGACAACUGCUGAAGGUGCUUCUGAAGUGAAGAAAAGGAGAAAGAGUCGAAAACAAUCAGCUGAAUCUGCUAAAGAGAAUGAUGAUGAAGAUGAUGAGGGUCCUGCUGGUUCUGAGGAUGUAUCAAUGGGCGAGGAAGAUGAUGAGGAUUCUGAAGCAAAAGAUAAUGCUGGGAGUGAUGAAGAACCUGAUGAGCCUCCAGCCAAGAAAAAGCCAACAGAUGAUAAACAAACAAAGAAGGCAAAAGAAAAUGAUGCAUCUGGCAAGAAGGCUUCUACAAAACCUGCAAAAGGUGUGACAAAGCCUUCUCAAGACACUGAAGAUGAGCCAGAAGCUGAGUUAGAAAGUAAAAGAGCUGGGAAAAAGGUCUCAAAGAGUUCAAAGGAGAGUGAUGUUACUGUAGAUAAAGCCAGCAAGAAGGUUACUAAAUCCAAAAAGGAUGAAGGAAAAGAAGGCCAGAACAAUAAUUCUGGUGUAUCUAACAAUAAGGCACGGAAGAAGGAUAUUGCCAAGACAACCACUAAAAAUAAAGGAAAGGGAAAAGGCAGUACAGAGGCUGGGGCUGCUCCAACCACUGAAGAGCUGCAUGCUGUUGUUAGUGACAUAUUGAAGGAAGUGGACUUCAAUACUGCAACAUUGGCAGACAUUCUUCGACAAUUAGGUACUCAUUUUAAGAUGGACCUCAUGGAUAGGAAAUCAGAGGUGAAACACAUCAUCGAGGAAGUAAUAAAUAGUAUGUCUGACGAUGAGGAAGGUGAGGAAGAAAAUGCUGAAGAAGAUGCAGACAAAAAUACUAAAGAUGAAAAUUCGAAGGAAGAUGGUGAUGAGAAGUGAUUCAGCAGACCAGAUGUGAUGAUCACUUAUGUUAGUGUUAUGGAUUGCAGGACUUUCAUGCCCAACACUACCGUUUGGGCAGUGUUCGGUCUGUACAAUGAGGGCACCGCAACAACGAACUGGUGACCUGGGUAGUACAAGGUUGUUAACAAUUUGAUAGCCACACACACCUAGUUGUUGUGCUUGACUUUUGUAGUGACUUGUAGUCUAGUUGCUGGUCAUGUACAAUAGCUGUGCUGUUAUAACUUUGCUUAGGUAGCUAGUCCCUGACUGUAAUAUGCAGAAUAAUUCUUUGCCUGUUCCUUCCAUUUAUCCAUGUAAAACAGUGAAUUUGGCAUUUUUGGUUCGUGUGUCAACUCUUAUCUGCC